AUGGGUCACCGAGGCGGGAAGAAGGCGGCGGCGGAGGCGGCGGUAGCGGCGUCACUUGUGCUGGAGGCACCAUCACUGCGGCUGCUAAAAAAAGGGUUGCGCGGGCGAGGUCAUUUGGACGAUGGUGACUGA